AGUAAACGGAAGUGAACAACAGUGAACAACAGUGACAAUGAACAAUUUCUACGUUAGCGUUUUUAUUGUUGUUAUUUAGACGUUUAACACCCUGGAUUUCAAAAUAUGACUAAUGUAACUGCACAGCAUCACAUACUCACACUAUAAAGUGUAUAAUUCGUGUUGGAGACGACUUAGUUGAUAGAUGUUAUCUAGGUAACGCUAGCUGCUAACAAUGGCUAACUGUAUGGUGUUUCACACUCAAAUAGCCUCCAUCAUGGAGGUGCUAGCGAAUGCAGCCGUGGCAGAGAUCUGUAAACUCGUAGACGACGACUAUGCAGUGUUUCGUUUGGAAAUAACUCAAAGCCAGAAAGAAAACAGGGCAUUGCGGAGGAAACUACUGGAACUGAAGGUGGCACGGGAGCGCGCUGAGAGGACAAUACCAGAGCGCGUCCUCGUCAGUCGUCCCAGCAGUGUCAAGAUCCUCGACCGAUACAGAGGAUUGGCAAGAGGUGAAGGACAUCGGACUGGAGGCUACAGAAGCUUUGUAAAGCCUAUGGGACAACAUACAUGGAGAGAUGACCAACCAAUCACUGUUGAUGAGGGGAGUGGAACCUCAACCCAGCACGUUAUCAUGAUAGAGCCUGCAGAUGCAGAGGCUGCAGGUACUGGAGUCAAGCUGGAGAGGUCUGAAGGAGAGGAGGACCCACGACACAGCACAGAUAUCCAUACUGGAGCAGCUGGAGUGCCUCCUGUAGUUAUGGAGGACCCCACCAUCGCCUCAGUGCAGCCCAGGACCCGAUGCAGCAUCACGGAGGAGGAGGAGGGUCCAGAGGUGCUGCUGGUGAAGGAGGAAGGUAUGGGGAACCCUGACGGGACCAUGUUCACAGAGGACAACCAGACUACACCUCCUCCUGAACCCACAGAGGAACCAGCUGAACAGCAUAGGACCACACACAGUCUCACUGAGUCAGUAGACAUGGAGGAUGGGAAGCCUGAUCUGCUGCUAGUCAAAGAGGAGACAGUAGAGGAUGGACCAGAGAACAUUGACCUGCUGAGUGGACUAAAGAUGGUGGAGCAAGGUGGUUGGCUGGAGGCUAACAGAGGAGACUGGGUGACCAUUUUGGAUUCCAAGGCCCAGACCGGUGCAGCCAAGGGCCCAGGGGACAACAUCACUGAGCAGGCCAGGACCAGAGGUGACAUAGUGGAGGUCAGUGGAUGGGACAGCGUCCUCAACUCUGGACUGGGGAACAACAUUGUUAACCACUACCAGAAACAGACAGUCAAACACAAAACAACAUCCAAACUUAGUCUCCAUGACAACAGACUGGCUGAGACCAGGGCGAGGCAUAGAUUUGGUCCACAGGGACUGGGAGGUAUCCAUAUGCGGCGGGAGAGAACAGAAACAAACUCUGCUAGUGAUACUCCAUCCUGCUCCUAUAGUUGUGAUUCAGAGACACUGUUGGCACCUCAGGUUAAUCCCCUAACAGGUGCUGCCUUCAGCCUGCCUUCUUUAGGAUCUCUCAACUGGAACAUGGACCCUGCGACAACACAGACACUCCCUGGCCUUCAUCCUCCUCACACUCUCCUAAUGUUAAACCAGACCUCAGACCAUGCCAGUGCUUCAACAGUAAAUGGCUACACAAGCCUUUUGACAAAUGACAGUAGUAGUGACGUUAUCAGUAGAUCUGGUGGCAAAGAGAAGCGCUUCCCGUGUUCAUUCUGUGGGAAAGCCUUCAGUUUCUGCAAACAGGUGGAGAUCCACCAAAGGAUGCACACGGGGGAGAAACCAUUCAGCUGCCACCUGUGCCAGGCCAGUUUUUCACAAUCAUCCAGUCUGAAGAGGCAUCAGAGAGUCCACACAGGGGAGAAACCCUAUAGCUGCCCCCAGUGCGAGAAGAGGUUCUCCCGCCAGCACCAGCUGAAGAUGCACCUGAAGGUCCACACGGGAGAAAGGCCAUUCGACUGCACUCACUGUAGGAAGAGGUUCUCGGAGAGGAGAUACCUCAAGAUGCAUCAGCAGAAAAACCAUUCCACUAUACUUACAAUGGCUAACUGUAUGGUUUUUCACACUCAAAUAGCAUCCAUUAUGGAGGUGCUAGCGAAUGCAGCCGUGUCAGAGAUCUGUAAACUCGUAGACGACGACUAUGCAGUGUUUCGUUUGGAAAUAACUCAAAGCCAGAAAGAAAACAGGGCAUUGCGGAGGAGACUACAGCUACUGGAGCUGAAGGUGUCACGGGAGCGCGUCCUCGCCAUUCGACCCAGUAGUGUAAAAAUCCUCGACAAAUACAGAGGAAUGGCAAGAGGUGAAGGAAAUCUCACUGGAGGCCACAGGAGCUUUGUGAAGCCAGCGGGACACAAUACAUGGAGAGAUGACCAACCAAUCACUGUUGAUGAGGGGAGUGGAACCUCAACCCAGCAUGUUAUUGUGAUAGAGUCGGCAGAUGCAGAGGCUGCAGGUCUUGGGGUCAAGCUGGAGAGGUCUGAAGGAGAGGAGGACCCACGGCACAGCAGAGACUUCCAGACUCGUGUGGCUAGAGAGCCCCCUGUAGCCAUAGAGGUCCCCACCACUGCCCCAGUGCGGCCCAGGACCCGACGAAGCAUCACGGAGGUCAGUGGAACGCCGAACGCCGUCCUCAAGUCAGACACGAAGACUUUAUUGGGGCUGGGGCGACUGGGCUGUCCUCCUGCUCCCUGCACAGAGUAUUUACUUUACGGUAGCCCGAGGACGGUUCUAUCCCGUAAGGACUCUGGCGUGUUACAGACUCACAAUGAUCCGUCCUGUUCAUACGCUACAGAGACACAGAUGAUAUCUGGUGACAUGCCUGUGGGCUUAGAUACACAGACUAAUCCAAUGAGAGGGGACUGGAACCAGUACAGCAAUAGUGUAUACUCUGAAGGGUUCCUUGAUAAGAAAGGGGAGGGUCUGGUUGUAGAUGAGGUCACUGUGAAAGUGGAGAGCGACCCUCCUCUGACAUGGAAUGCAGACAAGACUCACUUAGGAGAAGGACACUUGCAGGGCAACACCAGUGACUUCUUAGACUACAGUGAAAGCUUAGAGACAAAUCCAAAUGUUGCAACCCACUCCCCUUUACACCGAGUGACCAUGUCGAUGGCACCUUCCAAUUCACAAGGCCAUGUUCUUUUCGAUCAGGUAUCGAACUCAAACGACCAAAAGGCCAAGGCGCGGGAAGGGGUAGCAACAACAGGUGGUAAAGAGAAGCGGUUCCUCUGCAUGUUCUGUAACAAAGGCUUCAACUGCUCCCAGAAGGUGGAGAUCCAUCAGAGGGUCCACACGGGGGUGAAACCCUUCACCUGUAACCAGUGUCACAUGCGCUUUGCCCAUGCGGGCAACCUGAAGAGGCACCAGAGGGUCCACACAGGGGUAAAACCCUUCAGCUGUACCCAGUGUCAUAUGUGCUUCGCCCAGGCUGGUGACCUGAAAAGACACCAGAGGGUCCACACAGGGGAGAAACCCUACAGCUGUACCCAGUGUCCCAUGCGCUUCGCCCAGGCAGGUGACCUGAAAAGGCACCUGAAGGUCCACACGUGAGAAAGGCCAUUUCCCUGUACGCACUCCAGGAAGAGGUUCUUUGAAACGAGCUACAUCAGGAUACACCAGCAGAAAAAACAGUUCACUCCAUAGCUUCUGUUGUGUACUUCAAACCCUGCAUUAAAGACAAAGAUUCAUUUUCAUUGUUGUCAACAGAAAAGAUCUACAGAUGCAUUUGGAAUAACGAGAGUAAUCCAUUUCAGUGUUGAAUAUUCCUGAGUAGAAUAUUGCAUCCAGACAUUGUGUGAUAUUUAAGCCUAAAAAGUCUAUUUCAUAUUGUGUUUGUACUGUGUAGGAUAUAUGAUGUUCACAAAUUAUGUUUCAUUACUUCCAUCCACUAAUACAUUUUUUCCCAAGACACUUUUAAUAAAAAAUGAAGUUCAUGCAGAUUUAUAUGUGUGGUUUUCAUAUGGUGUAUUUGACACUUGUUUAUGUUCAAUAAACCCAAAAUGGGACUUUUCA